CUAUAUUACUCUAUUCUCUACUGUACACUAUAAACUCUCUACCUCAGUAACUGCUGUGAUCAUGUACGUUCUAUGUUACAGUAUGUUACAUAUCUCUGCACCUUUUUCUACCAUGCACAUUUAAUUUGACCGUAUUCUUACUGCACUGUCCUGUCUGUUAAAUUGUCUCAAAUCUGUUGUAUUUAUUGUAGUGUUAUAGUUUUAUUUUGCAGUUUUGUUACACUUUGCACUUUAUGUUGUCUAUAGUAUUGUUGUUUCAUGUUGUACCAUGGUACCAUGUCAGAGGUAAUGACAAUAAAAGCCUCUUGACUUGAGACGAAACUUUGAACUAGACCUAAAGGCAGAAGAUGGCUUCCUAUGGUGCAACUGCAUGAUUUAAGGUGGAACGGAAAAACUUUAGAAGGAAGCCACAUCCAGCUUUAUUGAGGAGAGGUGGGAAAGAGUUACAGAGAGGGUGUUUUAUUUAUUUUUUCAGUCUGGUUUAGACUCCACCCAGUGGUGUGUGCUUUGCUUUCGUUUUUCUUUUUUCCCCACAGAGAUAAGUUUCGUCUUUGAGUGUUCCUGACUGACUGCCGCGAGGGACUCUUACUAACCAUGUCAUUUACGUUCGGCAACGCUACGUUCGGCAACCCUUCCAAAGGCAGAACUGAAGAAGCUGCCCAGAUGAACGAAAACACAUCAACAUUCACACUAAACACAUCAAGGGUCAAAGAUGAAAAGAAGAAAGAUGCUGUAAUGAUGUUUGGACAAAGUGUUUGGGUUCCUCUGCUCCCCUCAUUCCCUUGGAGAACAGUAACCUGGACACAGGAAACCAAGGAGACACUGAUGGAGAUGGUGAAGUCUUACAAACCAGACAAUGAGUGCGUCUCUGAGGCCAGGGUGCUGCUGCUGGGUCCAGUUGGUGCUGGCAAGUCUAGUUUCAUCAGUUCGGUGCAGUCUGUCUUUUCUGGGCGGGUCCUGAACCGGGCCAUGGUCGGAUCUUCCAGUUCAACAAGCUUCACAAAAAAACUUCAGUCCUUCAGCAUUAGAAAGGGUCAUGAGACAGCAGAUGGCUCCACAGCUCUGGUCUUCAGUGAUGUGAUGGGUUUGGGAGAUGGAGAGACUGCAGGACUGACCCUUCAUGAUGCACUCUGCGUCAUCCAAGGACACGUUCCGGAGGGAUAUCAGUUCAGCCCAGAACAACCUGUCAAAUCUGAGACUCCAGGCUAUGUAAAGAAGCCAUCUCUCAAAGACAAGGUUCACUGUGUGGUGUUUGUGGUCGAUGCAUCAAAAAUCAGCACCUACACCAAGGGACUGAGCACAACCUUCCAGAAGUUACGAGAACACAUCAGCAACCUAGGUGUGCACCAAGUGGCUCUGCUGACUCAUAUAGACAUGGUUUGCAAGGAGACUGCUCAGGACAUCACCCAUGUUUACCAGAGCCCCCUUGUUCAUCAGCUGAUGGUGAAGGCUGGAGCACUGCUGGGAAUGGCCACAUCUUACAUUGUACCAGUGAAAAACUACUCUUCAGAGCUUGAGUUGGAAGAAAACACAGAUAUCUUGCUGCUCACGGCUGUUGACCACAUUCUACAGUAUGCAAACAUGUACUUCCAGGACAUGGCCCCUGCAUAUAAAAUUCCAAAUCUUUAAAAAAAAAUUCAGAUCAGUCAGAUUAGUGUUGAUUUAAGUGGGGUUUAAUUAUUUACUAUUUCUAUGUUAAAUUGGUCACAUGGGAGGUUAUUAUUGGACUGAUUUAAUGGAACAUUUCAGUUCUGACUGUAUUUGUAUGUGAUGGCCUUUCAUUAAAUGUUAAAUAAAACAGGUUAAUAAAGACUGA